AAUCAUAGGCCUCGUCACAACAAAACCCAAGAAACAUAAAACCAAUUGGCUUUCGUUUUGCAACAAGGGAUUGUGGGUAUUGAGUUUUCGGGUCACGUUUUGGUACCAGCAUGGCAGCGAAACAGAAAAGGAAAUUGGAGGACCUCAGCAUGGACGAGUUCCUGCUGUCAGGCUUCGAGUCUCCAGAUGACGACUGUUCUGAACAAGAGACUCCUAAACAGAAGAAAAAGCAACAAGUGAACUCAAAGACAGAUCAACAGAAAAAAGGCAAAGCUUCUCAGCACAAGGAGCAGCUGACCCGGUUGAAGAACAAAGAUCCUGAGUUCUACAAGUUUUUGCAAGACAAUGACCAGUCACUGCUAAAUUUUGAUGACACAGACAGCUCUGAGGAUGAGGAUGAGAAAAAGUACCACCAACUGCCAUCUGCACUGGAGGACGCCAGCUCUGGUGAAGAUGACGAUGAGGGUCAGAAAGGCUCUAAGAAGGCCAAGAACGCUGUGGAAACAAUCAAAGUCACAGAUAAAAUGAUUGAUGACUGGAAGGCUGCGAUGAAGAAAGAACCAACACCUCGCCUUUUCAGAGAAGUCACCCAGGCCUUCAAGGCUGCUGUCGCCACGACGAAGGGAGACGGAGGUGUACAGUGUCGGUACAAAGUGGCUGACAGCUCAGUCUUCAACGCUUUGGUCCUGUUUUGUAUCAGAGACAUUUAUGUGACCCUGCAGAGGAUGCUCAGCUUGAAGCCAGAUAAAAACGAGAAAAAGCUCAUCCUCCCUUCAUCUAGUCCAAAAUGGCACAAGCAUCAGACUGACGUCAAGAUGUAUCUGAGUGGAGUAGUUCAGCUGUUGUCCUGUCUAACAGAAUCCACAGUCGUCAGUGCAGUUCUGAAGCACGCCAACCAGCUCGUACCCUAUUAUCUGUGUCUACCCAAACAGUGUCGCCACCUCAUUAAACAACUCAUGAAGCAGUGGAGCACGGGGGAAGAGACAAGUCGAGUCCUCGCCUUCUUGGCUCUCAACAAAAUAUGCAGACACAAGCAGGAAAUGCACCUUAACCCUAUUCUCAAGCAAAUGUACAUCUCUUAUGUGCAAAACUGCAAGUUUACAUCUCCCAACGCACUUCCCAUGAUCAACUUCAUGCAGAGAACUCUCACAGAAAUGUAUGCCCUGGACACCCAGACCUCCUAUCAACAUGCUUUCAUCUACAUCCGACAGCUGGCGAUUCACCUCAGAAACGCCAUGACCAUGAAGAAGAAGGAAACGUAUCAGUCGGUGUACAACUGGCAGUAUAUUCACUGUCUGUCCCUGUGGUGCCGGGUCCUCAGCACCUUGCACCCCAGUGAUGUUCUCCAACCGCUCAUCUAUCCUCUCUGCCAAGUCAUAAUUGGCACCAUCAAACUUGUGCCUACAUCCAGAUAUUACCCUCUCAGGAUGCACUGCUGCAGAGCCCUCACUCUGCUGUCGAGCAGCACCAACACGUUCGUGCCUGUUCUGCCCUUCCUCGUCGAGAUUUUCCAGCAGGUGGACUUCAACAAGAAACCAGGCCGAAUGAGUAACAAGCCCAUCAAUUUUGCUGUCAUCCUGAAGCUGAACAAGAUCAACCUGAUGGAGAAAGCCUACAAGGACGGAUUGAUUGACCAGCUGUAUGACCUGAUCCUGGAAUACUUCCAUACUCAGGCCAGCUCCAUCGGCUUCCCCGAGCUGGCCCUGCCCACCAUUGUUCAGCUGAAAGCUUUCCUGAAGGAAUGCAAAGUGGCCAAUUACUCCAAGCCAGUGCGCCAGCUGUUGGAGAAAGUACAGGAGAACAGCAACUACAUCACAGGACGGAGACAGAAGGCCGCCUUCGGAGUGGCUGACGCUGCCGCUGUGGCGGCCUGGGAGAAGAAGACCCAUGAGGAGGGCACUCCCCUCAGCAGGUACUACACCCAGUGGAAGAAGCUGCGGGAGAAGGAGAUCCAGCUGGAAAUCUCUGGCAAAGAAAGGAUGGAGGAUUUGGACCUGCCUGAAAUCAAACGGAAGAAGAUUCAGGAGAAAAAGGCAGAGGACAAGAGGGAGUUCAAGGAUCUUUUCCAGUCUGACAGCGAGUCAGACACGGAUGACACAGGGCUUAAAAUAAAAGAUAAGAAGAGCAUUCCUGCAUCAGCCGGCAGCGACGAUGACGAUGAUGUUGAAGAUCUGUCCGACUUAAGCGACGAUGAGGAGAUGGAGGGUGCUGAUUCCGAUGGAGACGAGGAUGGGGAUGAAAACCCCUCCGGCGCUCCUCAGCCGCUGUCGACUGCAGCCCUGAUAAAGCUGGCAGAGGGAGAGGAGGAUGUGGUGGAAGACCUACAGCUGUCGGAUGAUGACUGACCUUCAUGGAGUUUGUGCAUCCUCCCAUGCACCGUUCAUACAUGUCAUAUUGUUAGACUUGUGGCUUUCAGCCUUUCAAUUUUGCAUUGCAUCACGUGUACAGUACAAGCAAGAUUAUGAUGGAAUUUUUACUAAGUGUUGGAACCGUAAAGCAAAGUUCAAGAAUCCAA